UCACACGAUGCGUCAAUCGUGCGUAAGGUUGUGUUGACAGGAGCCGUAGGAGUUGUCAGCGGAACGGCAGCAGUAGCCAUCAUCACCGGAGCCGAAUGGAGUAAUUACAAAGAUAUUAUUCCAGACAGCGUCCCUGAUUCUAUUUAGCAGCAUUGUUCACAGCGUUCAAACAACGACGACAUGGCAGAAGACCAGUCCUCUCAGUCCUGGACAAUCGACAGGGAUGACUACGAACUCAAUGAGGUGAUAGGGAGCGGAGCCACUGCAGUGGUCCAAGCAGCAUACUGCAAGCCGAGAAAGGAGAAGGUGGCCAUUAAACGCAUCAACCUGGAAAAGUGUCAAACAAGCAUGGAUGAGCUCCUGAAAGAGAUCCAGGCUAUGAGUCAGUGCCACCACCCGAACAUUGUGUCUUAUUAUACCUCCUUUGUGGUGAAGGAUGAGUUGUGGCUGGUGAUGAAGCUGCUCAGUGGUGGCUCAGUGUUGGACAUCAUAAAGCAUAUCAUCUCUCGUGGCGAGCACAAGAGCGGCGUGCUGGAUGAGGCCAGCAUCGCCAGCAUCCUGAAAGAGGUCUUGGAGGGACUGGAGUACCUCCACAAAAACGGGCAGAUUCAUCGGGAUCUAAAAGCUGGAAACAUUCUUCUCGGAGACGAUGGCUCAGUACAAAUUGCUGACUUUGGUGUGAGUGCCUUUCUCGCAGCAGGAGGAGACAUGACUAGGAACAAGGUCCGCAAGACAUUUGUGGGGACCCCAUGCUGGAUGGCGCCGGAGGUCAUGGAGCAGGUCCGCGGCUAUGACUUCAAAGCCGACAUCUGGAGUUUCGGGAUAACAGCCAUUGAACUGGCCACGGGAGCUGCACCAUAUCACAAAUACCCACCGAUGAAGGUGCUGAUGCUGACCUUGCAGAACGACCCGCCCUGUCUGGAGACUGGCAUCACAGACAAGGAGAUAGUAAAGAAGUAUGGCAAGUCCUUCAGGAAGAUGCUCUCUCUGUGUUUACAGAAGGAUCCAGAAAAAAGGCCAACUGCCGCAGAGCUGCUGAAGCAUAAAUUCUUCACUAAAGCCAAAAACAACGAGUACCUGCAGGAGAGGCUUCUACACAAAGGUCCGACAAUAACUGAGCGAUCCAAAAAGGUGCGUCGCGUGCCCGGCUCAAGUGGCCGCCUCCACAAGACGGAGGACGGCAUGUGGGAGUGGAGCGACGACGAGCUGGACGAGGAGAGCGAGGAGGGCAAAGCUGCCGUGGCAGCGCUGCGGUCCCCCAGAGUCAAGGACGGGCCUGAGAAUAUGCAGCUUUUCCCACCAGCGGAUGGCUCCACACCACAUUUGCAGCCACUGGGAGCUGCGAGCGAGAGCCCUGCCAAUGUGGGCCAGUCAGGGGAGGAUGCUCCUCCACAGGCCCCCGCUCAAACAGCAAGCCCUUCACGUGCAGCCACUGCUCAGGAUCCGGGUGCAGCAAAUGCCAGCGUCCCCAUAAGCCUCGUCCUGAGACUGAGGAACCCCAAGAAAGAACUCAACGACAUCCGAUUUGAGUUCAUGUCCGGCAGAGAUUCGGCUGAUGGAGUUUCUCAGGAGUUGGUCUCAGCUGGUCUGGUUGAUGGGCGAGACUUAGUCAUUGUUGCUGCCAAUUUACAAAAGAUUGUUGACGACACUCAUAAUAACAAAAAUGUGACUUUUAAAUUGGCAUCCGGCGUGGAGGAGUCUGAAAUUCCUGAUGAUAUUAAACUCAUUGGAUUUGCACAGCUCAGCAUCAGCUAAGUCAAGUCGAGCCACAAACAGAGGAUAGAAACUAAUGGUAUUGCACAGCUGCAUUGUAGUCAAUUCCAAGAAACCACUACUGCCAAAGAGAAGAGGAAGAUGAGGAGGAGGAGGAGACCGGAAGCUGGCAGCAGUGGGAAACUACUGCAGGAUGCAUGAGGACCACGUUGAAAAGAGGCUCAGUUCAUAACAGGAAUCACACUUGAAACGUUUACAGUGCGCUUAUACAGUAAAUGGGAGGAGAGCAAUCAACUAUAUCAACUCCUUAAUUCUUUCUUCUUGCCCCCCCCGCCCCCAAACUUCAUUUACAUAAGCACAAUCCAAACCAUCUCCUGCCAGUACUGGAAGUGAUUGCCUUUUGUUUUCAUAAUUUAAUUUUCUUUCUUUAAUCAACUGUGCCACAAAACUCACUAGAGUGUCGUGCUUACUUUAUAAGGCACUUUAUGCUACACUGAAAUUGAAAAGCCUUAGUCAGUCAAACUAUAGAUAUUACAAGUGUGUUUGGCAAAAUAUUGGAGCUUACUUGUGAUUAUUUGGUGUAUUUUAAGUAUGCCUAUCUGAGAGAUCUCAGAAAAGCUCCUGUAACACUGACAAAUAACUCAGUUAGACUAGGUUUAGUUUUAUAGGUCUGUACAUUCAGAUGGAUUUUUACAUAGUAUAAAGAACAAUUUCCGGAUUCCUUUUAUAAGGCAGCCCAAAGUGUGGUGGUUAAGUCAAAACCAAACCAAAGAGUUUAGGCUCUGUCCCCCCUUCUGAAACCAUUCAAAUGUACACAGCACUGCAGUAACAACACUUCAAUGACAGGAUUACUUUCACUCAUCGAUACCUGCCUGAUAUUCUUGUACUAUGCAAUAGGUGUUUUCUUUUCUUCGUGUGUGACCACUGGUCACUAAUAUUAUUUCUCUUGGGUUGAAUAAUUCCACUUUUUUGCGCUUGUUCCUCACUUGGAGCUCAAGAAGUUUGCCAGGCAACCCGCAGGGAGGUUUUACUUCCAAUUUUCACAAGCAAUUGAACAUUUGACCCACCGGUCAAGUGUCCCCGUGGGGAGAAGCGUCAUUGAGCCUGUUACCCAUUACUGAUGUUACAGCUCAGGAAGAAUCCUGAAUGCUGGCAAUGAGUGUCGAGCCUGGAGUUGCUGUGGUCACAGGCCGACUGACGGGUCAAGUACUGCACGGACAAAAACUGAAAAUGUUCAACCAAAGCGAAAUAAAGUUUAAAGGGGUAAUUUGGGAAAAUUGAUUUUUUUUUUUUUGUCACUUACCUCAAGUGAUAUUAAGCAGAUAGUUUGGUGUUAUUUGCCUCCAUUCAGAUCCAACUGAGGCAAAUGGCCUGUUAGUGGCUCACAUUGGUGGCCACACCGAAAUAACUUGAGCGAGCUCCCUGACGGAAUUAAUUCUUUUAAUUGCAGCAGUUCGUCCACAGCAGGCAUGCAAAGUCUAAAACCAUUUUCGUUUCCCUCAGCUGUUCUCUGCAUUUAGUACCCGUUAGCAAACGUUAGCACGCUAAGAUGCUAAACUACGUGCCAUGAAAGAUGCCCAUUAACCAGCAGCUUGUGAGCAUUGUCCCUGUGAGCUUGUGGGCAAGCUGACUUUAGCCUUUAGUUUGGCUGAGGUACGGCCUCUCUGAGCGCUGCCAUGGCUGUGCACACCUGGUUUGUCGCCUUGAGCACAACAGACAAAAGUCCAUUUACCUGCAUCGUAAACGAGGGACAACCGCAAGCUUGAGAUGGAUCUUUGAAAACCUCAACAAAUAAAACCUCAGCACACAAAAGCCAAACUAUCUGCAUGUCCAGAUACCACUCCCGGUACACUUUUCAUAUAUUGGCGGAAGUAAUCCUUCGAACGUCCAGGGGCCACUUAAUACCUUAGUUUUGGGCGUACAGGCAAGAUGUUUUGACAGUACUGUAGCCACUAUGCUUUAUAAACACCAACAACUCCCUGUCAUCACUCCCUGCAUAGCUUGGUUGCUUUGUACCGCAUUCAAAGGGCCGCGAAAUAGCUCCUAGUUGCGGUACUGAUGUAUGUAAAGAUGUUGUAAAUGUACGUGUGAUGGAAACUCCACGCACACAAACAUGAGGUUUUUGUGUAACCAUGUAGAUGCAUUGACUGUUCAAGUGUCAGGUUAAAAUAUAAAUAUAGAUCGCAGCGGAAUGAGACUCAUGUUCAGGACGCAGUUUGAUUUGCUUGGUAGUGUUUUCCACGGUUGGCCUUCGUUGGAGCAUCACUAAUCAUGCACACAUUAUUUGUUCAAUUCGCACCUUACUGAUAUGUUAACAUGAGUAUUUUCAUCACACUCUGCUUUUGAUGUCAUGACGUGCAGUUUUCUCACUGCAACCUGUCCAAGGCUGUCGGGUGAAAAGUCAUUUUAAUGAGACCUGGCACAGGUCAAACUUCUUGUGUGAUUUUGGUGAUAAAAUGAUUGAUUAUCAAAGGCUUUAAGCUGAAAGGCACUUAGAGUUCCUAAAUUACUUUCCGCUUUGUUUACUCGUCAGAAAACCAUCGUUCUGCCUCUUAUGGAGUCACUGAAUGAUUAGUAUUACUUUAAUCAUUUAAUUGGCACAUUUUUCUUUUUUACAGAUCAUUACAUAUAUUUAAAAAAAAUCCUUGAUUAUGAAACUUAAACAUCAAAUGCAUAAUUUGAAGUGGAAUAUUUGUGAUUCCUUGACAUGUAUAGCUGAUUAGAAAAUGACAACACAUGCAAAUGAUUUUAGUAGCUGAAUAAAGUCACAUGAUGAAAUCCAAUGAUUGAGGACAAUUUUUAAUUAAAGUAUCAUUCUUACACUCUA